AGAACACGUGCGUUUUCAGUUUUAGUUGUUUUAGUAAAGUAUGAUGAUGUGUGAGAGCGAUAACGAAAGUGAGAACAAUUUGUCGGCUCACAUUUCUGUUUUUGAGCAACGCGCAUACAUUGAAAUCGAAACGAUUCGUGGUAAAACAGUGCCUGAAAUUCAUGCCGCGUUAAAUGAAGUGUGUGGAACGCAUACUGUGGAUCGUAGUACGGUGCAAAGAUGGCAUCAGCGAUUCCGUGAUGGUCGUAUAAGUAUUGAUAACAACCCUCGCUCUGGCCGACCCUCUACGGUUANGAAUGUUACAAAAUGGUGUGUCCAUAUUGCACGAUAAUGCGCGGCCGCAUAUCGGAGCACCAGUCGUCGCUCUUUUGGAGAAAUAUGGAUGGAAACGUCUCAAACACCCACCGUAUUCGCCGGAUUUAAGUCCCCCGGACUUUGAUUUAUUUCCAAAACUGAAGGAACCACUUAGAGGGAUCCGUUUUUCCAACUUAGAUAUACUAAAUGAAGAAGUGAGCCGAAGGAUCCGUGAACUCAACAAAGAUGGCGUCCUAUGCGGCAUUCAAGCGCUCUCGAAACGAUGGCAAUCGUGUAUAGACAAGCAGGGAGAUUAUAUCGAAGGUCUAUAA